AUGCGCACUGUCGCGUUGUACGGCACGAUCUUCAUCCUUAUCGCCGGCGCUCUGAUAUUCUUCGCGACUUCGGGAAAGAGCGCAUUCGCCUCUGAAUACGUGGGAAGUUACCGGCCAGAGCCCCAAGAGCACGAAUCGCAUGGCAAGCCGAAGGAAGAUCGACCUGGAAAGCACAACAACUGGCACUUUGACUACAAAAGAGAUGGUCGCAACUAUGGCCUCUCAGAAGAGCAGUGUGAUAUUGCAUUCCCGGGGCUAUACAAGGAGAUCGACAGAGCGGUAGCACACAGGCUGGAGAAAUGGGGAAAGAUCACUCCAGAUGAAGUGGAGGUGGAAUGGAGAGGAGAUGGAAUUGUAAGAGCAAUGAUACACGACAACCAGUUGUAUAUUGUCGAUCCACAUGCGGUGACGGACCAUAACCAUCGACCGAGAACGAUUUCAACGCUGAAUGCGAUCCAUCGGGCGAUUACCGCAUAUCCAGGGAAGCUACCAGACAUUGAGUUCAGUUUCACCGUCCACGACUUUGCAUUGCACGAUCAAUACGGGAAAGAGACGACAUGGGCAUAUACAAGGCGAGCGCAUCAGGAGAAGCUAUGGCUCAUGCCCGACUUUGGUCUGUGGGCUUGGCCGGAUGUUGGACUGCGAUCGUACGCAGAGUUGCAAGAGGUACUAGAGCAUGAAGAGGACGAGUUCGUGGAUAAGGUCCCGAAGCUUGUCUGGCGAGGCUCGUUGGCCGUGGGAUCGAAGGACGUACGGCAUGGUCUUGUGGAGCAUUCCGAGGGCAAGCCGUGGUCCGAUGUUCAAACACUGGACUGGUCAAACAAGACCAACAUCGAAGAACGCCUUCUGACCAUGCAGGACCACUGUUCCUACAUGUUCGUGGCACAAACCGAAGGCAACACCUACAGUGGACGUCUGAAGUACCUCUUGAACUGCCACUCGAUCCUAUUUUCCCACGAGCUGGAGUGGAUCGAGCUCUAUCACCACUUGAUGAAAAAGGAAGGUCCAGACCAGAACUAUAUCCAAGUGAAGCGGGACUUCAGCGAUCUCCCUGGACAUAUGAAGAAGCUGAGCAAACCAGCCAACUUCCCAGAGUCGCAAAAGAUUGCGGACAACGCGAGAAGAACAUUCAGAGAACGAUAUCUCACCCCAGCCGCCGAAGCGUGUUACUGGCGUGCAAUGAUAAGGGGUUGGGCUUCAGUACAAGGCUUCACACCCGAGUUUUGGGUUGAAGUGAAGGAGUUUGAUAAAGUCGCCCAGAAAGAGAAGAAGAAGCGGAAACCCAGGGGCGCACCUUUUGAAGCGUAUGCGAUUAUGGAGGAGGUCGAUUGGGCGAUACCCGCAAAGGCAAGAAAGAUGUGUAUUGAUGAAUAG